AGAGGUAGGUCGCAUGUCGCUCAGUUCACGCAAUGUACAAAUUUACGGAAGUGUCUCCCGGUGCGCUGUUACUUGAUCAAAACUCAAUGUUGUCAGAAAGUGAUCCUGCUCAAAAUAGUUUAUUCGGUUGCUCCGAUGCUGAAUUUACUGCGCAACCAAACGGAAUAGCGCCUGGGAAUCCCCUUCACAGUUCUGCAAUUGUUACGGAGGAUACGGAAAGUUUGAUGAUGAGUGAAAUACACCGAAGUGACGCCGGUGUGAUGGAGGCUAGCCAUGCCACUCCGCUCGACUCCGUUUCCGAUGGUGAACGAGGAUCUGAUGGCGAAAAACUAGAUGAUGAAAAUCGGGCCGGUAGCGAAAAACGAGGUAAUGACGAUGAGUGGAGAGCCGAUGGCGAACGACAAACAAGUGACGAAGGACGAGGGUCUGGUAGCGAAAAAGAAGAAAAUGGCGAUGAAAGGGAAACGGAGAGCAUAAAACAAGGAAAUGACGAGGAAGAACGAGAUGAUCGCGAAAAGCAAGAAAAUGAAUAUGGGCGUGGCUCGGGUGUAUUUGAUGACGUAUGUGAUGCCUCUGAAAAUCGUGGUGACUAUACAGAUUUUAUUGAGGAGUCUGUUCACAACCAUGUUAUGGCGAUGAGCGAGUCAAACAACAUUGGCAACGCCGAGCCUCUUCGUUGCAAAUCUUAUUUAGAAAAUGAAAAGGAAUUAGAACACAUUAGUCUUAGUGAAUCGCUGGACGAAAGCUUGUCUGCCAAAGAAAUCAAAUCCCACACGAGCGACGAUGAAUUAACUAGUCAAAUGUCUCCUGGAGCUGCGAAUAAGGAUAAUUUUGACAAUACACGAAUGUCGAGUCCAAGGGAAUCAUGUGUUGAAGAUUCAGCGAAUGCGAAUGUAGAAAUAUUGAGGAAUGCCAAAGAAGGGGAUUUCAAAUUCGUAGAUAAUGACAAUGAAAUGGAAGAACGGAUUUCAGGUGUCGACGUGAAGACACACCCUAAUACCGAUGCUCAAGAUGUUUCAAUAGAGUCAAACGAAGUUUCAAGUUUAGAAGAAGGAAAUGCUCCUGUCGAGGACAGCUGUGGUGAGAUUUGUAGUGCCAAUGAGGAAAGCCCUGUUGGGAAUACUGAGCAAUCGGGCACUGAAGUGGGUGAAAUUGAGCAAAUCACGAACUCUAAACAGGAAGACCCGGUAGACAAAGAAGAUGGUGAACUGGAAGAAGGAGAGCUUGAUAAUGAUGGCGAUGAAGAAGCACAAACGUUAUCUACUGACGCAGCUCCUGCAACUUCAAGUGUGGCUGCAAUGGCCGUAGAUGAAGACGAACGAGAUGCUGCUAGUAUAAAGGUUCCUGAGACCGAAGAUAAGAAACGCAAAAAAAUCCUCGACGAAGUUGCCGAGCAGCGGCGCAAGAAGAAGAAGCGAGAACACUUCUUCGAAGACGACGAUGAAGGUUUCAGAAAGCGGUCGGACUUCGACGCAAUGCUGGACCAGUAUCGACGGCAGGCUGCAGGAGAAGAGAUUGACGAACGACCGUUCAAAUUGGGCUACGACGAGUCGGGCAGGCACAAGAGACGACCCGACGCCCGCUCGCCGCUGCUGCCGCCCAGCAAGACAGAGGCGCUCUGCGUCCACUUUCUCGAGGGCACAUGCAAUAAGGGGAACGACUGUCAGUACUCGCACAACGCCAAUCAUUCGCUUAUGAUGCAACCGCAUCAGCGCAAGAUGGAGCUCUGCAAGUUCUACCAGAUGGGCUGUUGUGCCAAGAAACAGAAAUGUCUGUACAUGCACAAAGACUUCCCCUGCAAGCUGUACCACACGGGCAUGAAGUGCGUGCCGUCUGAUAAGUGUCAGUACAGCCACGAACCUCUUUCUCAAAUCACCAAAGCCAUCCUCUUAAAACACAUCGAGAUGGCACCCAAGGACAUCUUGGGCACAUUUCCUCGUCUAAGCAACACCGCGGCGCAGCAAAUCAUCGCCGUCACUGAGAUGUGUCGCAACAAGAAGCCUUGUGACAUCAACAUCACGCCUUUGAUCCGUGAAUGGAGAGCUAAGGGAUUCAAGUAUGUUGAUCGCGCCAUAAGGUCGCACGAUCGCAAGUGUCGCAGAGCUCAGUCAGAGUCGGCGGGUGAAGAGCCGCGCCCGGCCAGCGGAGGAGAGGACGAACCCGCCGCUCCUGCCGAGGGCGCAACGAGCCCUGGGAGUCGAGCGACGAGCUCGUCUCGCCAGCGAGAUAAGGAAGACCUCGAGGAGGAAGAAAGUAAAGACGAGGACUCUAGAGCGCACAAGCGGAGUAAGAAGCAUCACCGCAGCGAACGCUAUGAGAGCAAGGAGGGCUCACUGUCUCGAGGAUGUGUAGAUCCUCGUCCGUACAAGCAUCGUCAUACGGGGCGUGACCGACACGACAUGAGACGACGGCACCGAGGGGAACCAAAUUUUUGGGACAAAGCACAAGAUGAGGAACCAGACAGCCGAAGUGGAAGUCGGAGACGUGCAGCCUCGAGGUGGGAGGAGGACAGGGAUCAUGGACGCUCCAGGUCCCCUGUGUCAGGCUCUCCCAAGUCUCACCGUGGUGAGGGCUGGGGCGGUGGGGAGUUCGUAUCAGACGGCGGGGAUAGUUACGGGAAGAAGUCCUCGUAUCCGUCGGGGAGAAACGACAGGAACAGGAUCUCGUCCAGGGAUAGACGAGGCUGGCAGUCAAGCGAUGAUGAGACGGGGCGCCGCCACCGCAACCACGACGCCGACCUUCGUGCAUCUCCUCGGCCUGAUCGGGAACCGGCCGAGAAGAACCAUCCGCGGACAGCAAUUGCAACGGUCAUGGACAACAUCCCAUCAAUGCUGGACUCGUUCAAGCGCAAUUCGUCGCGGUCGCGUGGAAGCCAAACUCCGGAACGAAGUCCCUCAGAACUUGGCCAUGUGAACCAAUCCGGCUUAAGUAGCUUUCUUGACCGCUCUUCAGACAAAAUGUCGCACACACUUUCCGAUAGAUUCGACCCAAACUUGUCAGGUAGAGACAAGCCCGAUGACUCUAGAUCGUUUUCAAGUUUUCCUGGCAGAUACGAUCCUCUUGAAAUAUUCCGCAGGCAACAACUACAAGAGUCCGUUUCUGGAAUUGACGGCCUGGGAACUGGAAUGUGUGACGGUGUCAUGGAGUAUUCGCCUUACCUCAAAAAUUUCAAAAAAGUCCCCACGGCUGCGAUCGGUCCCGUUGCAGAUAUUGACGCACGGCUGCCUCAGCCGUUUGUUAGGUCUCCUACAGAAGAUCUCAGUAUUUCUUCUAAAGUUUUUGUAGGGUUAAAUCCAGAUUGUGGCGAUCGCAAGGAUUCCACGAGGGACUCUGACGGACUUUCUACAAAAGCAUUUGAACGAUCGCCUCCUUCAAACAAUUUAGCGGCUGACAGCUCGUCUAAUUUAAUGCUCAAACUCAACUUGAGUAACAUCAAGGUCCCUACAGAUCUUGCACAGGUCUUAUCCUCUCUCAAAAGUCAAACCAGAUUGUCAAAGGGGGAUUCGACUCCUGCAAAACUACCGUCUCAGUCGCCAACAUUUAAUGAGAAUUCUUCAAAGAAUUCUCUUCAUAGCGACUUUUCUGCUCUUCGCGGCUCAGUUGUGCAGGAUUCACCGUACUUGAAAACACACAAUCUACAAUCUUCACCUCCCAUGUACAAAGAUUUUUCGAGUUUACGCGACGAUCGGCGCCAGCGAUCCUCUGCAGAUCACAAUCCUCAUUGGAACGAUGGUGUGGAUUCCACCCGACAUGGUUACUGGGGUGCUCCUGACGGUAACAAGGAUUUCUCAUCAGGGAGACCUGGCUUGCCAUUGUCUUCCUUCGAUGCGAGUCGCGGUGAUAAUGACCAUUUACACUCCAACUACCGGGACCCGCGUCUGUCCAAAGAUUCCAGUUUUUCGUCUCAUGGUAUCUCGUCAAGAAUGGAAUUGACUCGCUCCACCCGAUCUAAUAGCGACUCAGAUGAUCGGAGUAACGAUGCUGUUGUUGACGUUGAUUUAAAACGUCUGAAAACCACAAGUUUAUUCAGUACGGAAAUGCCUUUCCAGGUCCCAUAUCACGACCCGGUCACGGUUGUGAAUGCUUCAAUUACCGCUCAUCCUCCCAUGCCAUAUAGAAUGUUCGAAGUUACCAUCCCUCGUGUUAACCUCGAUAGCAUUACUAGUCGUUUUCCCCAAAAUCAUGAGAAGGUUCAGGAGGAUCCGAGGCUAUUCAAGAUAUACUUUGGCACGUCAGAUCCCAGUAGUAAGAGCCUUGGCGCUGCGGUCGUGGAAGAUCCGCAGUCUCCAACUCCGGAAGUGUCAAGCCCGCCAACGUCUGAAAACAGGGACCCGAGAAUGAACCGUGACCCUAGAAUGUUGGACACACGAAACACUGAUCCAAGGAUGAAUGCUGAUCCCAGGGUCAACCCUGAUAUAGAAAAAAAUACUGAUCCAAGGAAUCGAAGCUUCGCAGCUUCAAUGAGCGGAACUUUAGAUUCCGAUUUACGUGUGAGCACCAGCGAAGUGAGUCCAGAUCCACGAAAUUGCGAUCCGAGUUUGGGUACUUACAAUGAUCCCCGACUUGAAGGUCGAAGAGGCGAUCCAAGAAUCAGCCACCGAGACCCUCGGGCCAACAGACACUUCGAUGAGGAAUCUUUGAAUAAUCCUCAAGUGGGUGAUGCCUAUCCCGUCAGUCUACUUGGCAGCGCGCCAAAUGUCAUGGGUCAUUACGGUGGUCAUGUCAUGCAAAACAUGGGCGGACCACCUUCUUCGAUGGGACUUAUGAACGGCGUGCCAAGCAUGGGGCCAGGCUCCAUGACAAUCCCUAUGGGUCCCGGAGGAAUGUAUCCUCAGAAUAUGAUGAACUCCUCUCAACCUCAACCCAUGGCUUCUGGCAUUAAUCCAUACGCUGCAAGGUUUGGAGGAAUGAGUCCUCACCUCGGUGGAAUGAUGGUGCCUGGAAUGGGUGACCCAUCAAUGCCGCCCCUGCCGUCCCAUAAUCUCGGACAAUCUGGUCAAAUGAUGGCCAUGAACCCCAACGUCACGCCCCACACAAUGCAUGGCAACUGGCCUCCAACUGCAAGUCAGAACAGUGACCCUAGGCUCAAGAAAAACUAAUUUGUUCUGUUGUAUUUAAAAUGAACCGAGGUACAGAAAAGCUCAGUGAUUGCUUCCCACAUUAAGAAAUCAUUAAGUAUUCCAAAUCCCAAUAUAUCAGUUUCCGGCUUAUAGUGCUCGCACGUGUUUAAAGAUGAAACCUCUACUAUUUGGGUCAUCUCAAUUUUUGUUUUGAGCAUCAUAAUGUGGUAAUAUUAAGUGACUUAUUUUUUCUUUCGGGCGAUUAUUUGGUUCUGCUCAUUCGUAUAAUUUUGACGCGCCAAUAGCAAUGUAAAAUUAAUAUAUUGAUGAUCAAUUGCCGCCUUCGAACUAGAAAAUGUCGAGUGUUCAGAACGAUUGGUUCCGUGCAAUGAGUGCUUUUGUGUAUCCAUUUCUUGAAAUUCAAUCUGUGACAUUUUAUUACAGUCAAACGAAAUCUCCAACAAAUGAACUGCCUUAAGCAUUUGCCUGGUUUAGUACGGUCAGAGUAGCUCAAAACAAACUCCAUCGAAUUAGUCCUUAUAAUGAACAUAAUUCAAAGUACACCUAGAUGACAUCAAACGCGUGAAAAAUCCUGUGUUCGAUCUGUCAAAAGGCGUGUUUAUUUGUUCCUACUUGUAGUAAACUUAAUAAUUUUGAGAUUUCGAAUUAAAAUUUAAAUUUCUGGGUUAAUGCCGUAUGAAAUGUUUGCUCCGCGCUUAAAUUUCACAGUGGUAAGAAGAUUUUUAGGUCUUUACAAUAAUAUGAACAUAUGAAGAAAAUCGUGAAGAAUGCGCUCUAAGUUCCAGCUGUGGUGAUGUUACUACAGCUUCCCGUCUCGAUGAUUUCGACAUUGGUUUAAUUUUUUUUAAUUAUUUAAGAAAGUUUUUUUAAAGUCGUCGUUAUAUUGUGCACUUUUCUUCAUCCCCAGAAAUCUGAAUUUUUUAUGUGAUUUCAACUUAUUUAAUUAAUUUUUUA